UUUGUAUCUCCCAACCUCCCUCAACUCUCUCCAUGAAGUCAAGAGUGCCAUUUACUACUGAACAAACUUCCUACUAAAGGGAAAAAGAUAGCUUUCAUCUUCAUUUUUUUACAAUAUUCAUCUCUGUGGUUUUCCUCAUGCCGGCAUGGCAACAAAUGAACACUUGUUGGUUUCCAAAGUGAGGAUGCGCUCUUCAAAAGCUUGGACUUAUGUUGCUGUUUUGCUCUUAUGCUUAUCUUGGUCUUCACUUCUUCUUGGAGCUGAUGAUCGCAUAUCUGACCCCGCCGAAGUGACGGCUUUGCGGGCCAUCAAGGAAAGCUUAAUUGAUGUUAAUAAUAAUUUGAGUAAUUGGAAUAGAGGUGACCCUUGUACAUCAAACUGGACGGGCGUUUUGUGCUACAAUCAAACAUUGGAUGAUGGCUAUCUGCAUGUUAGAGAACUGCAGCUACUGAAUAUGAAUCUAUCAGGAACUUUAUCGUCAGAGCUCGGCCGCUUAUCUUAUAUGAAAAUAUUGGAUUUUAUGUGGAAUAACAUAACCGGCAGUAUACCAAUGGAGAUAGGAAAUAUCACAACUUUGGAACUAUUGCUCCUCAAUGGAAAUCAGUUAACAGGUUCCUUGCCUGAUGAGCUUGGUUAUCUUCCCAACUUGGACAGAAUACAAAUUGACCAGAACCAAAUAUCAGGACCAUUACCUAAGUCAUUUGCGAACUUGAACAAAACGAAGCAUUUUCACAUGAACAACAAUUCAAUUAGUGGCCAAAUCCCACCUGAACUGGCCAGAUUACCAAGUCUUGUUCACUUCCUUCUUGAUAAUAACAAUUUAUCAGGGUACCUUCCACCAGAGUUAUCUCAAAUGCCAAGUUUACUGAUCUUACAACUUGAUAACAACAAUUUUGAAGGGACUACUAUUCCAACUUCCUACAGCAAGAUGUCUAAACUGUUGAAACUGAGUCUUAGAAAUUGCAGCUUGCAAGGGCCAGUUCCUGAUCUGAGCACAAUACCAUACCUUGGUUAUAUCGACUUAAGUUCAAACCAGCUAAAUGGAUCUAUACCUGGAAAUAAGCUUUCCUCGAAUAUCACAACUAUCAAUCUAUCCAAUAACAAUCUUGUUGGACCUAUUCCUUCCAACUUCUCAGGUCUCCCUCUUCUUCAGAAUUUGUUGAUAGCAAAUAAUUCAUUGAAUGGCUCCGUCCCAUCGAUGCUUUGGCAGAACAGGACUUUAAAUGCAACAGAGAGACUUAUCUUUGACUUUGAAAACAAUCAGCUUCAAAAUAUUUCAGACACUUCUGCCCUCCCUCAGAAUGUCUCUGUCUGGCUUAAAGGAAACCCUUUAUGUUCAAACACCAAUCUAGUCCGGUUUUGUGGAUCUCAAAGCGAAACUGAGAGUGAUCAGAUAUCAAACUCCACUCUUGACUGUCCCCCUCAAUCAUGUCCAGCCCCUUAUGAAUAUUCACGGAUGUCUCCUGUUCGUUGUUUUUGUGCUGCCCCUCUGCUUGUUGGAUACCGGCUAAAAAGUCCUGGAAUUUCAUAUUUUCUACCAUAUAAGAAAAACUUUGAGGAGUACCUGUCUUCUGGUCUCAAUUUGCAUCUUUAUCAGCUGGACCUUGAUUAUUUUGAAUGGCAAAAAGGACCUCGAUUGAAAAUGCACUUCAGGUUUUAUCCUAUAUAUGGGGCUAAUACCUCUCAUACCAAUGUCUUUAAUGCUAGUGAGGUUCGACGGAUCAAAGGCAUGUUCACAGGAUGGAACAUUCCUGAUAGUGAUGUAUUUGGCCCUUAUGAACUUCUAAACUUCGACCUGUUGGGUCCUUAUAGCGAUGUUUUUCCUACCACUACCACAUCUGGCAUAAGCAAGGGGGCGCUGGCUGGCAUAAUCCUGGGGGCUAUUGCUGGCACUGUUGCAUUGUCUGCGAUUAUUUCACUUAUUAUUGUCAGGGUGCAUUUGAAGAAUUACCGUGAACGUUCGAAAAAAGGCCAUCCAUCUAAGAGCAGCAUCAAAAUUAAUGGAGUGAGAAGUUUCACUUAUGAAGAAAUGACCUUGGCGACUCAGAAUUUUAACACCUCCACAGAAAUUGGCCAAGGGGGGUACGGUAGGGUUUAUAAAGGCAUUCUGGCCGAUGGCACAGUUGUUGCCAUAAAACGUGCACAAGAGGGAUCAUUGCAGGGUGAGAAGGAGUUCUUAACAGAAAUAUCUUUUUUGUCAAGAUUACAUCACCGAAAUCUUGUAUCUUUGGUUGGAUAUUGUGAUGAAGAAGGUGAACAGAUGUUGGUGUAUGAGUUUAUGUCAAAUGGCACUCUGAGAGAUCAACUUUCAGCUAAAGCAAAAGAACCACUGAAUUUUGCAUCGAGAUUGUCAAUUGCCCUGGGUUCAUCCAGGGGCAUCCUCUACCUACAUACAGAAGCUGAUCCUCCAGUAUUCCACAGAGAUAUUAAAGCGAGCAACAUACUAUUGGACCAUAAGUUCACCGCCAAGGUUGCUGAUUUUGGACUUUCACGACUUGCUCCAGUUCCAGAUCUUGAAGGGAUUGUGCCAGCUCAUGUAUCCACAGUUGUAAAGGGGACUCCAGGUUAUCUUGAUCCAGAAUACUUCUUAACUCAUAAGUUGACAGACAAGAGUGAUGUUUAUAGCCUCGGUGUGGUAUUCCUUGAACUCUUGACUGGGAUGCUGCCAAUCUCUCAUGGCAAAAACAUUGUCCGAGAGGUUAAUAUAUCGUAUCAAUCUGGAAUGAUCUUCUCAGUCAUUGAUGGAAGAAUGGGUUCUUAUCCUUCUGACUGUAUCGACAAGUUCCUGACUUUAGCCCUCAAAUGUUGCCAAGAUGAGACAGACGCAAGGCCUUCGAUGGCAGAGGUGGUGAGAGAACUAGAAAAUAUAUGGCUUAUGAUGCCAGCGUCAGAUACCAAAAUACCAGAAUGGAGAGGUAGUGAACAAAAAGAAGAAGAAACUCCUCCAUCCUCAUCUUCGAUGGUGAAGCAGCUGCAUCCGAAUCCAUUUGAAUCAUCAGAUGUGUCUGGUAGCAACCUUGUUAGUGGAGUCAUCCCUACCAUCACACCAAGAUGAAAAUGCAGACUGAAAAAUACUGGUUGGUUACACUUGAUUUUAUGGACACUUUGAUCAUAGAAAGUUUAUAUAUUUGCACUUAUUUCUAGUUUGUUUUGAUUUCUGAUUUUUUUUAUAGCUUUUUUUCUUUGGUAAAAAUAGGUAAAGUGGGUAGGGGCAUCAUAAUGUUUUGUAAUAGCAGAUCAAUUUUGAAUCUA